GCCCCGGCCGCGACAACCUUUUAGCGUUCACUUUUUCGGUUUAAUGAUGUCUAGUAGUGGCUGCUUCCAGUGUUGCAAGUGAAAAUGGAUUCUCCUUACUGUCGUGUUUGCUUGGCACACAAACGCGCAAAGUUCGUUUCCAUAAACGAAUACAUCAGGACAACAGAAACGCUGUAUACGGUGCUUUACAGAUUGUGCCCUACGGCAUUUAAAGAGAAAGACAACGCUCGCUGGUCGGCUGUUGUGUGCAUUCCGUGCAAAAGGCAGAUUAUAAUAGCGCAAGACCUCUAUGAUUUGUCCAUCAGAAGCACGGAGAGACUAGAACAGCUUGAUUUGGCAGAGUCCAAGAAGCUAAAGAAUGAAGACAGCAGUGAAGAUGAAUUUGAUAAGUUUUUCUUUAACUCCCCGGAAGAUGCUGCAUCUUCCCUUCCUGCUGAGCAUCCACUAGACGAACCAACGAACGAUCUGAAGAAAAAUGCAGCUACCGAAGAAGACGAUGAAUUUGACCCCGAAUUUUUUGGUACAUCGGAGGACGAUUUAGUAGAUCGUUCAAACGAAAACACAGCGGCAAAAGCGUGCCUGGGUUCUGUUGAUAUCGGCGAGGAAUCGAUUGCACUCGUAAACCUCGAAUACUUAUUAGGAGCAGCGAAACAGAAACCUACUACGAGCAGCACCAUGGAUUCAUCUAGCGUCUUAGACUGUGCGAUAUCUGCAGUAGAUGAUAGUUUAAAUUCAUACAGCGACAACGAAACAAAAUUACGAGAUACGUCCUCAAUCGGCCAAAAUAUUCCUUCAUCUACAGUCGUUGAAAAUACUGAGACAACAGAUACUGCAGACGUUGAAAUGUACUCUCCAGACGAUACAGGAUUUUCCUCUGAAGAAUCAGAAGACGAAAUAGCGAAAAUAUUUAAAGAAAAGACGUAUCACUGCUGGGACCGCUGUGGAAUGUUUUUCUACGACAAACCAUCCUUUGAUAAUCAUCUCAUGGAUCACAAGAUGCGGCGAAGAUGGUUUUGUAAAUUUUGCUUCCAAGGCUUCGACAAGCAAGAAAAGCUGAGCGAACAUUUACCCAGUCACGACGGUUCUCUACUAUGUGCGAUUUGCGGAGAAAUUGCCGACUCACCAGAGCAGAACAAUCAUGAUCACAGCAAGACAGGACCGUUUGACUGCCCGAAAUGUCCACGGCGAUUUGAAACACAGCAUACAUUCAGCAAUCAUUUGAAGAGACACGGCGCCAAGGAGUUUUGUUGCGAGGUGUGUGGCGUGUAUCUAUCUUCUCGUAAAAGAUUGCUUAAUCAUAAAAUGGCUAAACACAGUGGAGAGAAGCCGUUUAGUUGCGAAGUCUGUGGUCACAAGUUCGCUUUAAAGGAUCGUAUAAAAUCUCACAUGAAGACGCAUACAGGCGAAAAACCUUAUGGAUGCAUGUUUUGUGAUCGACGAUAUGGUAGUUCUGGCGAUUUGAAGGACCAUUUACGGAAACAUCUUGGAGAGAACAUUUAUCAGUGCGAUCAGUGUGAUGCCUCGUUUCGUUUAAUUAAAGAACUUAAAAAUCAUUACGAGCAAACGCAUUACCGAGAUGAUGCUGGUGCUUCUACUUCUGAACGACCGCCCGAUUUUCGUUUCACUCUUAAUUAUUUAGUAAACAUGCGUCGUCAAAAAGAACUUGAUAAACUGUAUACCACCGAUACUAAUUCUCCUCAUCAAGAAUAAAUAACGAAGUUCAGUUUGGAGUCGUCUUCUGAAGCCCCAUUUCCCGGUUUCUAGUUGCGUUACAUCUAAAAAGAUCAUGCAAUUUCCACUUGUGUUGUUUCAAAAA